ACUGCAAAACCGCUAAUCCUUUUGCACUCCUUUCAUUUGUUCCUGCACUCUUUGUUCCCAAAAGUUGGUGUUCCUCUGUAAAGUUAGUAUUUUUCUUUGUAUAUAUACACCCAACCCUCUCCUCUUUCCUAUUACCUUUGAUCCCUACCCUCUGAAAACCUUAUGCGGUCUCCCUCCAUUGAUAGUUAGAGAGAGAGUGAUAGCAAGAGAGAGAGAGAGAAAUGGCAAGUGACAAGGUGGAGAGUGCGAUAGUUGGGAAUUAUGUAGAGAUGGAAAUCGAAGGGAAACCCAUCACUGUAAAGUCGAGGUUGUCUCGGCUCUUUUGGCAUGGAGGUUCGGUUUAUGAUGCCUGGUUCAGUUGCGCCUCGAAUCAGGUGGCUCAGGUGCUUCUCACUCUACCAUACUCCUUCUCUCAGCUCGGAAUGUUAUCAGGCAUUCUUUUUCAGCUCUUCUAUGGUUUGAUGGGCAGCUGGACCGCCUACCUGAUAAGCGUUCUCUACAUCGAGUAUCGCACGAGAAAGGAGAGAGAGAAAGUAGACUUCAGGAACCACGUUAUUCAGUGGUUCGAAGUUCUCGAUGGGCUUCUUGGAAAACACUGGAGAAACGUUGGUUUGGCUUUCAACUGCACCUUCCUCCUUUUUGGAUCAGUCAUUCAGCUCAUUGCUUGUGCCAGUAACAUAUAUUACAUCAAUGACAACCUUGACAAGAGGACAUGGACAUAUAUAUUUGGAGCUUGUUGUGCGACCACCGUUUUCAUCCCCUCUUUCCACAACUACAGAAUGUGGUCUUUUCUCGGACUGAUCAUGACUACAUACACAGCCUGGUACAUGACCAUCGCCUCCCUGCUCCACGGCCAGGUAGAAGGGGUUAAGCAUUCAGGUCCUGCUAAGAUGGUUCUCUACUUCACAGGCGCCACCAAUAUUCUCUACACAUUUGGUGGCCAUGCUGUUACAGUGGAGAUAAUGCACGCGAUGUGGAAGCCUCGGAGAUUCAAGUCUAUAUAUUUGCUGGCCACUCUCUAUGUGCUGACACUUACACUGCCUUCUGCCGCCUCUGUUUACUGGGCCUUCGGCGAUUUGCUCCUUAAUCACUCAAAUGCCUUUUCUCUUCUCCCAAAAUCUCCCUUUAGGGACAUGGCAGUCGUCCUUAUGCUCAUCCAUCAGUUCAUAACGUUCGGUUUCGCAUGCACACCGUUAUAUUUCGUGUGGGAGAAGGUUUUAGGGAUCCACGAUGUGAAGAGUAUAUUGAAGAGAGCUGUUGCCCGCUUGCCGGUUGUGAUCCCCAUAUGGUUUUUGGCCAUUGUUUUCCCGUUUUUUGGACCAAUAAACUCAACCGUUGGAUCUUUGCUGGUCAGUUUCACUGUUUAUAUCAUCCCUGCCCUUGCCCACAUGCUCACCUUUAGGAGUGCUUCGGCUAGAGAGAAUGCAGUGGAGAGACCGCCAAAGUUUAUGGGGAGUUGGGCUGGAAGCUAUGCAAUGAACAUGUUCGUGGUGGGAUGGGUUUUGGUUGUUGGUUUUGGAUUUGGAGGAUGGGCAAGCAUCAUUAAUUUUGUCCACCAAAUUGACACAUUUGGCCUCUUUACUAAGUGCUAUCAAUGCCCUCCUCCCCUUCCUCCCCUCAAUUCAACUUCCAUGGCUCCACCCCCUAAACCCCACCAUCCAUGAGACUCUCUUUGGACUCUCUACCAAAAUAUACAUGUAAAACUUUGGAGGAGUCUCUCUUUUUUGCAUUUUUUUUGUCUUCUUUUUUCUUCUUUUUUUUUUUGGUCUUUUUACUUCCCUUGCGGGUACUACAAAAGUGUCAAAACCCCAAGUUAUUAAUAGUAUUUAUCUCAUUUAGUGGGAGCUUAAUUGCGGUA